UGGGUAUAGUGCCUCAGUCAAAAUCCUCACUCUUCACUGUGCCAGACAUCAGAAGUGAGAGCCCCUCAGGGCUUAACUCAUUUGAGAUCAUGAAAGACACCAGUUUGACAGCACUGGAAACUGAAGUAUUUAUUGUCCAUAGAACAGGGAAAUUCAGCUGAUUUUUAUACUAAUUUUUUAUUAAGACAGAAAAGAAAAUUCACCUUUUUCCUUGGUUACUAUACUCUUCUGGUAGAGGUACAAAUGAAGAACCUGUGGAAAUUUUAAUGUGUGUACCAAAACUAGCAAGAGCACAUACAUAUAAGAUAAUGGCACAGCAGGCAAAUAUUAGUGAACUCCUCUCCAUGCUGGAUUCCUCAACUCUGGGUGUGUUAGAUGAAAUAACAACUGUCUUUAAAGAGAAUCUCAAUUCUGACCGUGGUCCUAUGCUUGUAAACACAUUGGUGGAUUAUUAUCUGGAAACCAAUUCUCAACAGGUAUUACGCAUCUUGACUACAUUGCAAGAGCCUCAUGAUAAGCACCUCAUGGACAAAAUUAAUGAAUAUGUGGGCAAAGCUGCUACUCGUUUACCCGUCCUCUCCUUACUGGGGCAUGUCAUAAGACUGCAGCCCCCAUGGAAGCAUAAGCUCUCUCAAGCGCCUCUCUUGCCUUCUUUGCUUAAGUGUCUCAAGACUGAUACAGAUGUAGUAAUACUCACAACAGGAGUUUUAGUCUUAAUAACCAUGCUGCCAAUGAUUCCACAGUCAGGCAAACAAUACCUUCACGACUUCUUUGAUGUUUUUGGCCGUCUUUCAUCAUGGUGCCUGAAGAAUCCAGGUCAUGUGACAGAAAUUUAUCUCGUCCAUCUUCAUGCCAGUGUUUAUGCUUUCUUUCAUCGCCUUUAUGGAAUGUACCCUUGCAACUUUGUCUCCUUUCUACGUUCUCACUACAGUAUGAAGGAAAACUUGGAGACCUUUGAAGAAGUGGUAAAGCCAAUGAUGGAACAUGUUCGAAUUCAUCCAGAAUUAGUGACUGGAUCCAAGGACCAUGAACUAGACCCACGCAGGUGGAAGAGAUUAGAAACUCAUGAUGUUGUAAUAGAAUGUGCCAAAAUUUCUCUGGACCCCACUGAAGCCUCAUACGAAGAUGGCUAUUCUGUGUCUCAGCAGAUCUCAGCACGCUUUCAUCAUCGUCCAACUGAUGCCAUCGCCAGCCCUUAUGUUGACACACAGAAUAGCUAUGGGAAUGCUACUUCUACCCCUUAUUCCACUCCUCGGCUGGCGUUGUUAAACACGCCAGGGCAGCUACCUCAGGUUCUGAGUUGCUCAUCAAUACGGCUGUCAACUGAGCCGACACAAGCUACUAUAUGGAGCCCCUCUGCAGUCUGUGGUAUGACCACUCCUCCAACCUCACCUGGAAAUGUCCCACCUGAGUUGUCACACCCUUAUAGCAAAGUCUUUGGUACACCUGGUGGGAAAGGAACUCCUUUGGGAACACCAGCAACUUCCCCUCCUCCUCCCUGCCAUUCAGAUGACUACGUGCACAUUUCACCCCCUCAGGCUAUAGUCAUGCCCCCCAAGAAGGAGGACAGACUGGAGAGACCAUGUCUACACAGACAACAUCAUCUUCCUAAUGAUAGAGGAUUAGAAGAAACAUCUGCCAAUAAGGGUUCUGUCACUUUAAGUGAUCUUCCAGAAUUUUUAGGUGAUUUAGCCUCUGAAGAAGAUAGUGUUGAGAAAGAUAAGGAAGAAGCUGCAAUAUCAAAGGAGCUUUCUGAGAUCACUACAGCAGAUACUGAGCCUGUGGUGCCUCGAGGAGGAUUUGACUCGCCUUUCUAUCGAGAUAGUCUCCCAUGUUCUCAGAAGAAGUCCCAUUCAACAUCUUCUAACACUCAAGGUCCUAAUGUGAGCACUGAACUUCUAACUUCCUCUCUGGACAAGCUUGGGCCUGACACACCAAAGCAAGCCUUUACACCCAUAGAAUGGCCCUGUGGGUGUGACAAUGAAAGCCCUGCUGGUAACAGGGAAAGCCAGACUUCAUUAGAGACAAACAUCUUAACGCCUAGCCCUUGUAAAAUUCCAUCUCAGAAAGUAGGUUUUGGACGUGGACAGCCUCCCCCAUAUGAUCAUCUUUUUGAGAUGGCACUGCCAAAGACUGCUUACCAUUUUGUCAGCAAGAAGACAGAAGAGCUAUUAAAGAAAGUAAAAGGAAAUACAGAGGAAGAUUAUAUGCCCUCCACUUCCCCAGUGGAGGUAUUGGAUAGGUUGAUUCAACAGGGAGCAGAUGCACAUACAAAAGAGCUAAACAAGUUGUCUUUGCCCAGUAAAUCUGUCGAUUGGACCCACUUUGGAGGCUCUCCACCCUCAGAUGAGAUUCACACCCUUCGGAACCAAUUGCUGUUACUGCACAACCAGUUACUCUAUGAGCGCUUCAAAAGACAGCAGCAUGCUCUCCGGAACAGAAGACUCUUACGGAAGGUGAUCAAAGCCACAGCUCUGGAGGAACACAACGCUGCUAUGAAAGAUCAGUUGAAGUUACAAGAGAAAGACAUCCAGAUGUGGAAGGUUAGUAUGCAGAAGGAACAGGCCAGAUACAAUCAGCUUCAAGAGGAACGUGACACUGUGGUGACCCAGCUCCACAGUCAGAUCAAACAGCUGCAACAUGAUCGGGAGGAAUUUUAUAAUCAAAGCCAGGAACUGCAGACAAAGCUGGAAGACUGCCGAAAUAUGAUUGCAGAGCUGAGGUUAGAAUUAAAGAAGGCCAAUAAUAAAGUGUGUCACAGAGAGUUGCUGCUCAGCCAAGUUUCUCAAAAGCUUUCAAACAGUGAGUCAGUCCAGCAGCAGAUGGAGUUCUUGAACAGGCAGCUGUUAGUUCUUGGGGAGGUCAAUGAGCUGUAUUUGGAGCAAUUGCAGAACAAGCAUGCAGAUACUACACAGGAAGUGGAAAUGAUGAAGACUUCUUAUCGGAAGGAACUAGAGAAAAAUAGAAGCCAUCUUCUUCAACAGAAUCAGCGGCUUGAUACCUCCCAAAAACGGAUUGUGGAACUAGAAUCUCAUUUGGCCAAGAAAGACCAUCUUCUGUUGGAACAGAAAAAAUACCUGGAGGAUGUCAAACUUCAGGCUAGAGGACAGCUACAGGCAGUAGAGAGCAGGUAUGAGGCUCAGAAAAGGAUUACCCAGGCAUUUGAAUUAGAAAUCUUAGAUUUGUAUGGCAGAUUGGAGAAAGAUGGCCUCCUGAAAAAACUUGAAGAAAAGACAGAAGCAGCUGAGGCAGCUGAGGAAAGGCUUGACUGUUGUAAUGAAGGUUGCCCUGAUUCACUGGUAGGGCACAAUGAAGAGGCUGCUGGCCACAAUGGUGAAACUAAGACCCCCAAGUCUGGUAGCAGCCGGGGCAGUAGUGGCAGCAGAGGUGGUGGAGGAAGUAGUAGCAGCAGUAGUGAGCUUUCUACCCCUGAGAAACCCCCAAACCAGAGAGUAGGGCCAUUCAGCAGUCGGUGGGAAACAGUAGAACCUUCCACCAGCAUCCCUGUGACUGUGGGCUCACUUCCCAGUUCAGAGAGCUUCCUGGCCAUAAAGGCUCGAGAAUUGUUUCGUAAUAAGAGUGAGAGCCAGUGUGAUGAGGACGGCUUGAUCAACAACAGCCUUUCUGAGACACUAAAGACUGAACUGUACAAAGAUCCAAACUUGGAAGUAAAGGCUCCCCUGGGCCUAGACAACCCUCACCCAUCUCCCAAAAACCAGGAAAGUGUUGGACAGCUUCGUAUCAUGGACUACAAUGAGACUCAGCAUGAACCCAGUUAAAGGAUGAUGGUCAAUCAGUGUUAACUUUCAUAUUCUUGGCAUAGAAUGGGAGGCAUGAAUGCAAGUGUAAAAGCUUUCAUAUUUCCAGGUGUGAGUAGCUAAUUCUUGCCAUGGAAAUAGGACUGAACUCCUUUUGACAAAAGACUGAAUGAAGAAUGGUGUUUGGAUCUGGCAGUGAAAUGCUUCUGACCUUUUCUUGACUCUUACCUAAAACCUCUCCUUUCUUUCCUAGCAAUGUGCUAACCCAAGGGCCAGUUUGCAUUCAUAAGUAUCUUUAUUUUCUUCUUCCUUUCCCCAAAUGGUUGCAUCCUAUAAACCUGUGCAAUAUGAGGCCAAAUUUAAUCUUUGAAUCUAACACAACUUUCUGCUUUACUGGAGCUCAAGUAGCUUGCCCAACUUUCAGUGCAGACCAGUUGAUUGGUGGUGGUACAGGUAAGUCUGGUUUUGUUGCUUUCUAGGAUGCAGUUUACAGAGCCAGUUACCUUCAGGUGAAGUCUUCUGAAUGCGUAUGGUUUUUUUCUCUCUGCUUUCUGGUUCUUAAGUUCAGCACCCAAAGCAGAGGAUGAUCAAGAAAAAAAGGGGGUAUUGUUCACUGGUAUGUUCUUUGGAAGCUCUGAUAAUGCUUCCUAGAAAGUUCAGUGUGAACGCCCUCUUCUGCCAUUUCAAAGAACUGGAGCUGGAGCUGUGGGGUUUGGUGAAGCACCAUCUCUCCUUCCCCUCUACCUCUUAUUUAUUUGGUGUUGGCUGAAAAGCUGGUACUCUUCUGACUACAAUUGGGGGGGUGCAGGUGAUGAAACCCAAACUCUGGGGGGUGGGAGAGAAAGGGGAAGAAUGGAGACUGGAAAUUUUCCUAAGGAAUCCUUGUGGAAGCAUUAAUGCAUCCAGAAGACUGGCUGAACCUUUUUCCUUCUGUUUUCUCUCCAUUACUUUUCAUGAUCCUGCCUUGUUCAUCUCACUCUCUAAUACUGCACCAGAAAUGACCAGAAUUUCCAAAGAAAUCUCAGCGUCGUUUGUUAUGUAGCUAUGUGACCAUCUUUUCUUAGGUCUGGCAUAAUUGCCUCAGUGGCUUAGGCCAACAAAGCUACAACUUUUUUCCAUACUAACUCUUAAUUUUGUAUCUUAAGUACUUGGUUUGCAAGUAGAGUGUAACUAUUGAAUUCCAAGUUUCAGUGGUGAUGAGGGUUUUGAGGGAAAUCUGAGAAGUUGUAACCAACAGAGAGCCCAUUUAAGUGAUCAGACAAAUGUGGACAAGGGAUGCCCAUGUACUUAAGACAUCGGCCAGGGAGAGAGAAGGGCAGAAAAAUCAGCUCUGUCAAAGCCUUGAAAACAUUAGAAACAUAAGAAAUACUUCAAUUGGAAUACUAGGCAAAUGAAGAGCAGAAUUACAAGUAAUGUUUUGAAGACUAAAGGAAGACCCACGGGCUAUAGAGAAUUGUAAAAACAAGAGAGGUAUGGGGAAGCUAGGAGAAGAUGAAGAUUUUUAUUUUUACUAGGCAAGGAAAUGCAGAAAACUCCUUGCUUUAAAUAAUGAAAAUAACUGAUAAUGUAACAACCCUAGUAUCCCUUCCCAUGAUGAGACUGAGCAAGAAAUGACUAGAUUAGCAUUUGCAAAAUUAGGUUGGCUAAUACUAUGGGGACUUCUGAUAUCCACGGCUAAUUUGGCUGAAUAUCUCAUCAGGACAAGAUGUGAAGGUCAGAGGUGGUACUUGUUAGUGGUUUUUUUUUUUUUUUUUUUUUUUUUUUUAAAGGGGUUGAAUUAGAGAGUAACUUCAUAGUAGUAGGUUGAAACUUGUCUGGGGUUUAUUCGUGGGUAACACAAUGUUUUAGUAAAUAUUUCAACACACUUAGCUUGAUGAAGGAAAGUCCCAAAUUUUUAAUAAAUUAUUCAUUUUUAGAAGAGGCAACAAAGCCAAAAUAACUAUUUCUAACUAGAAAGUUAUGGUAACCCUAGAAACUUUUUAGACACCCCCUACAAAGCCCAAGAAAAAUAUGUGCUACAAAUUGAAAAAUGUUAGGUACUUGAACAAAUGGCCCAUAUGGCUAAUAAGUGAAUUAAAGAAGGCCUUUGGAAGAGGGGAAAAAAAGAUUUGUAGCUUUAUAUUCAUAUAGAUAUCUGGAGGAAUUAGCAUGAGUCUGGGAGUCAGUUCUAAUCCCAGCUCUGCCACUAAUUAAACUAUGACAGUAGUUAAGUAACUUCCUCUGUCUGAGCUUCUGUUUAUAUAAAAUGAGGAAGGUUGGGCUAAAUAACUUACAAGGUCCCAUUCAGGUCAAACAUUCUGUUGUUACCUAAAACUUUGUCUGCAGUGGAUGAAAACUAGAUAUAAAAUAGUCUUUUUUUUAAAAAAAAGCAUUCAUUCUGCAUAUACUUUUUGAAGGACUUAAAAAAGCCAGUAGUGCAAUUCUUUAAUUACAUGGGUAAGUUAGAAAGUCAGUGGGAACACUGAUCACAGUCCAGAAAGUUAUCAGGAGAUGAGAAGGAUAUAGAAGAGAGACUUCUUCAUUCCUGAAUUUUCUUGAAGUCUCUGUGUCAUAAUCAUUUGAACAAAUACAGGUGCAAGCACAGUGUGUCCUAGACUAAUACCAAAUUAAGUAUAAAUCACAGAUUAAUGGAAUCUUCUUAAAAAUCAAAGCAUUAUCAAUAAACUAAAUGGUAAAAAUUAAGGAAUAGUUAGGCCAAGUGUGCAAUCAGUUAGAAAUGAUCAGAUCACAGAUCGGAAAACUACUAGAUUACUAUUGAUUUCCUGUUCCUUGAGGAGACUUGGAAUUCUAGACUGGUAUAUCUUUCUUGAACUUUCUUUCUAGCCUAUUAAGCUGGUAGAAUCAAUUAUAAAGGGUAGUUAAGAACAACAUAAGUGGACCUUUGGGAACAAAGUUGGGAGGUAACUAUAUGCUAACAAUAGGAAGAAAUCAUGCCUGAAUCUUUAAGUGUGAAGGUGUAAAUUUUAGGUUUUCCCAGUGUCUUUGACAAAGGUAUCAGAAAGUUGAAAAUUGAAUUACUUGGGUUAGGAAAAGUGUUUACCCAUGGAAUAGAGCUUGCUUAGAAACAUGAACCAAAGUGUAAGGGAUAAUAAUCAUUUCUGUGGAUGGGAUACUAACAAGAUUCUUAGAAGCAAUCAGUUAAUAUUUUUACAAAUGAAAUAAAUAUCAAAGUUAGUGGGUAACACUCAAGCUUUUCUAGGUAGUGAAAUACCUAUUCUGUGGGGAUAUGCUUCAGGAAAAUUUCAUGAGGUCUAAAUAGGAAAAAAAGGUGACAGAUGAAAUUCAGUGUGACCAAGUGUCAAUAAUUCACUUUCUCUCCAAAUCAGACUUUAAAAUAUGAGCUGUUAACAUCUUAGAUCUGAGAAUCAUCACCUCUUUCUUGAGGACAAUGUGGCUAUAACUUGAAAAGUCAGAAAAGUGGAGGCAAACUUUUAUUACAAAUGGAAUUGAAAACAAAAUGAAUAACAACCAAACCAUGACUCAUCUGUGUUUGCAAUAUAUGCAGAUGAUUUGCUUAAAAAAGAUAAAGCUAGAGACCAAUCAACAGGGUGACAAGAACAAGGCAGGUAAUAAUAGGAACUUUUGUGAGGACAAACAAAAAUGAAAAAAAUUGAUAAGGAAGGCUGAGGGGAUGAUAUGGUCAAAAUCUAUAAAAUUAUGGAAAGAAUUACUAAAGGAAAAGGUGGCCUUUUUUACUAAAUCUUGGAAUACUAGAACUAGAGGGUACCCCAAGUACCUCCACCUCCUUUUUGAACCUAGAAAGAUAUAAUUUUAGAAAAGCUUAAGUUUACCUUACUAGUGGCUAGCAAAACUUUUAGAAUAUGAUAAGGUGGUUUGGAAGUUAAAAGUACAGGUUCAAGAAAGAUAUAUAUUAAUUUAUAAAAGGUAGAUCCAUAAUAGGUUAUUUGAAAAAAUAGAGGUGGGCCAUAGCCUUUUGAAGUGGCUUCAGGAAGAAUACUUGUGUUUUCUCACAAUGGCCUUUGGUUGUCAUUAUCAGGCAAAAUAUUGGACUGAGUAGAUCAAUCUGACCAGGGAUGAUUUACUUCAUGUAGUUGUUGGAGAAAUCAGUGUUCUGGACAAUUUAGCUUGUUACAUUCUUUACUCUUCAUGGUACGUGCUUUAUAAUUGCCCCAUAAUGAAUGUUAGAAAUUUUAUCUUGUCCAAAGCACGUGUGUGUGUGUGUGUGUGUGUGUGUGUGUGUGUGCGCGUGCGCAUAUGUGUGAGUGUGAAAUUUUCUUAAGAAGUUUUCAAAGUAGUCCCAUUUGCAAAUUAAUUGCACCUAUAUAAGUUUUUACCAGUAGGAACUUUGUCCAUCCAAAUAAGGAAUGGUUUUAUGUAAGGGAAUUGGCUCCUGAGUUUUUACCGUGUGCUCUUAUAUUUGGCCCCAAAAUAUAGCUACACGUAUGCUCCUACAAUCUAUAUGUAUGUGCUAAUUCGAGAGGAAAAGUGAACUUUGGUUUGUUCAUAAAAAGCUAAGCUUGCACCAGUGUGAAUGAGGAGUUCUAUCUCUCUAACAUGACUUUCCUACAUUUGAGAUGAUUUAAUGAAGGUAGAGUGUCUUUUUUUUGUCCCUUCUUUCCCCAUUGCUCAAUGGAUAAUGGAUAAGUAACUUUGCCACAAAAAUUAUCCUUGAGUAAACAGACUUGACUUACCUACUGAGCUCCAUUCUCCUUUCAGAGGAUACCUUUGGGAAUUUGAAACCUGUAGGCUAAAUCCAGGUGCCAUGUUUGGAGAGGAGGGAGGAGGUUUCUUUAUAGCAGGAUCAUAUGGUAUUGACUCCAGUAUGGGUUUACCCAAGAGUGUCAGGUGUUUUACACUAGGAAGAAUUGGGAAUCACUUUCAGAAGACUUUGUUUUUCUAUGGACCACAAAAAUUAUGGAGGAACAGAUUUUUUUGCUAAGGACAUAAUCUAGUUUUAUAAACCUCAACCACGGAACUUCAGAAUAAUAGAGUGAACUUGCAGUUUAAGGGGCUCGUUUAGCAAAGUGGCAACACUUCUCUUUUAACUGCUUUUAGUUCAAAUCUAAAAUGUCAUCUUUUGUCAAAAAGGUUCAAUCCGUUCCCUGCCUCACGCUUGUAAGCAUGUCAAAAACAAUCCACAGUAAAUGCCAUAAAUAUGAACUGCAAGGGAAAAUGGUACAAUCUUAGUGAAUGAGAAUUGGAAUCAAAAGGUUUUGCUGUCCUUAUUAGAAUGUUCUAAAAAUGUCAAGGCAGUUGCUUGUGUCUAACUGUGAACAAAUAAAAAUUUAUUGUUUUGCACUA